AUGGCAAAGUAAGAUGCAAAAAAUAAUAAAAGAGAUCGAAGUCCAGUUGCUGAAAUGAAAAUCUGGUAAGAAGCAGUAAGAAAGGAAAAUUAACACUUAAAAGUUUAUGAACAUUUUACUAUCAAUCCUCAUAAAUUAUACAUAAUCCAAGAGAAACCUAACAAUAGUAUUAUGUUAUAAAAACAUCUUGAAAAGACAGGAGCCAUUACUAAACCAGCAUUUGAUGUUAAUUAAAUCACUGAUGAUUCUCCACCUUUAGAAAAGGAAAUCGUUGAUAAAUUGAAUACUAUGAAUAGGACUCCUCGAUAGAAAUACUAAUUUCCUUAAACAUCUAAUUAAGAACUUGGAUGGCAUUCUAAUAACUCUAAUAGUCUUUCUCCAUCCAAAUUUACUUAUCCAAGAAAAUUGUGUAAAGAAACCAAUUAUGCCAAUGAUUAUUUCACAAUGAAUAAAAUCAGUCCUUAUUCUAAUAAAUUUAAAUGAACUCAUAUAUUAGAGUAUAUCAAUCAAAGUAUUUUAUUUAAGUUUAA